UUGAAGUCUCCUGGAGCGCUGCGGCCCCGACCUGCGCAGGAUGGACCCCGUUGUUCUCAGUUACAUGGACAGUUUGCUGCGGCAGUCGGACGUCGCUUUGCUGGAGCCCCCGAACUGGCUUAACGAUCGCAUCAUCGGGUUUGCCUUCGAGUACUUCGCCAACCACCAGUUCCAAGAAUUUAGUGAUCAGGUUUGUUUUAUCAGCCCCGAAGUGGCUCAGUUCAUUAAAUGUGCCCUUAGUCAGGAAGAAAUAGCCAUAUUCCUUCAACCGCUGGAUCUUCUCCACAAGAAACUGGUGUUCUUGCCUAUCAACGAUAACUCCAACCAGGUCGCUGGAGGCACCCACUGGAGCUUACUGGUUUAUUUCAGGGACAAAAAGUACUUCGCCCAUUACGAUUCCCACAGUAAAUGCAAUUCUGUCCACGCCAAGCAAGUGGCGGGGAAGCUGGAAGCUUUUUUGGGCAAGAGAGGGGGCAAAGCGACUUUCGUGGAGGAGAAGGCGCCCGCCCAGCAGAACAGCUAUGACUGCGGGAUGUACGUGAUCUGCAACACGGAGGCUCUGUGUCAGGGAUACUUCAGGGGUCGGCCAGAGCCUUUGCUGCAGCUCCUCACCCCCUCCUACAUCACGCAGAAGAGAUCGGAGUGGAAAAAUCUCAUCGCGAAACUGGCGCAGAAGUGA